AUGAUUCUAGACAUACCUUCCAACCUGCCGGAUCUCCCGAUGCUACUCUGGGCCAUUUGCCCAGCCAUCAUCGGAGCUUUUGUGCUACGUACCAUCUACUACCUGACUUUUCAUCCCCUGGCGGGAUACCCAGGCCCGCUGCUCGCACGCAUCACCACCGUCACGUCGCUGUGGCACCGCGCCGAUGGUUCCAACCACAGUUGGCCGCUGCUCCUCCACAAAAGGUACGGCCAUGUUGUGCGCAUCGGCCCAAACGAGCUGAGCUACACCCACCCUGACGCAUGGCACGACAUCUAUGCCAAGGCGGGCGGUGGCGGUCACAUGCCCAAGGACUUCGUCGGACUGGGACCGGACAUGGCGGCGCCCGAGAAAGGCAUUGUACGCGCUGACGACGUCAACCACCAGCGGCAGCGGCGCAUCUUCUCGCAUGCCUUUUCCGACCGCGCUGUGCUCAAGCAGGAGGGCCUCGUACAGGGCCAUGUCCGCAACUUGAUGCGCAAGCUGGCCGACGAGAACGCCGAGCCUGCUUCUUCAGCUCCCAAUGGCCGCGUCGACCUCGUGACCUGGCUGGGCUACCUGGCCUUUGACAUCAUGGGCGACCUCAUGUACGGAGAGCCGCUCGGUAUGCUAGAGAGCGACCAGUCGGCGCGGAAUUGGGUCCGCGACACAUACUCGACCAUCAAGACCGUCACGCUCGGCAUGGCUAUGAUGGGAUGGCAUCCUCCUCUGGGGCCGCUGCUCCUCAAACACAUUUGGGGCGGUAGUGCUAAGCGCCGCGCCCAGCACAACCGCUUCUCGAUGGACCGCGUCGAUAAACGCUUGGACCGUGGUGACGAGUCGGGCAGCGACAUCUGGUCGAUGAUCAUGCAGAAUAGCGGCAGCGAGAAGCGGCCAGGUAUCACGCGCGCCGAGAUGUAUUCCAACGCCGCGACAUUCAUGAUCGGCGGCACCGAGACCACCACAGCAGCCACGUCGGCCCUUACCUAUCUGCUGCUCACAAACCCGGCAAAGAUGACUACGCUACGCGCCGAACUCGACGCCGCCAUCCAGGACCCACAGGAUGACAUGACCUUCACCGGUUUACGCCAGCUACCAUACCUCAAUGCGUGCAUCGAGGAAGCCAUGCGCCUGUAUCCGCCCGCGCCAACUCCCAUGCCACGUAUGGUACCCCGCGGAGGUCGUGUGGUCUGCGGAAGCUACGUGCCGGCAGGUACACGCGUUGAUAUCCCAUUGUACGCGAUGGCGCAUCAUCCGGACAAUUUUGUUGAUCCCGAGGAAUUCGUGCCGGAGCGGUGGCUGGACGACGAGGAUCGGCCCGCCAAGUAUGCAGGGGACCAGAGAGAGUGCGUUAAGGUGUUUUCAGCGGGGCCGAGAGACUGCAUCGGCAAGAACCUUGCAUGGCCCGAGAUGAGGCUCAUAAUAGCCAGCCUGUUGUACAAUUUCGACCUUGAACUGGCUGACCCCGGCUUCAACUGGUUGAACCAGGACAGUUACGGGAUCUGGGACAAGCACCCGCUUUGGGUUAAGUUGGUACCUCGCCAAGUUCAACAACCCAUUUGA